AUGAAAAUUUUAAUUUGCAUAGUAUUUAUGAUAUGUAUCUCGUUAAGUGAUUGUGUUCUAUCGAAAAGUGACAAAUCGAAUACGACAAAGACAAAGCGUACUACUCGGCCCACAGACGUCCAGACGAGAAAUUUGGUUUCGGCGGAACCGGCUGCGAGGGAUAUUAUUGCUGAGCAUGGAACUUACUUCGAGAACGUCAAUAAAAGACAAUUUUCAGGUAAUGUUUUGGGUUAUGUUACACCUUGGAACAGUCAAGGUUACAAUAUAGCAAAUAUAUUCACUCCCAAGUUCACGCACAUAUCUCCAGUUUGGCUGCAAGUUAAGAAAAAAGGGUCUUUAUCGUACAAGAUCACAGGAAAACACAAUGUUGACUCAAAAUGGAUGAAUGGACUUAAAAAAAAUAACAUUAAUGUUAAGAUAACUCCUAGAAUUUUAUUCGAAGAUUGGAGUAUAAGUGAUUUUAUAAAUUUAUUUUCUAGUGAAAAUGAACAAUCAGAAUUAAUUGCCACUCUUAUAAAAGCCUGCAAAAAUAAUAAAUUUGAUGGUCUGGUGUUAGAACUUUGGUUGCAAAGUGGAGGGAGGAUAGACAGUCAAAUUUUGGUAAAUUUUGUAAUUUUAGUGGCACAAAAAUUUAAAGAAAACUCUUUAGAAAUUAUUUUGGUAAUACCUCCUAGCAGGGGGUAUAAAAACGAAAUUUUUACUGAGGAGCAUUUUAGUCAACUCUCAGAUUUUGUUUCAUCAUUUUCUUUGAUGACCUAUGAUUAUAGCAAUCCCCAAAGACCUGGACCCAACAGUCCUUUACAGUGGGUGAAAAAAUGUGUUGAAUUUUUGGUACCAGACAGUAAAAAUCCCAAAAGAUCUAAAAUUUUGUUGGGUCUAAAUUUCUAUGGUAAUGAUUACACAGUUUCUGGUGGUGGUCCCAUUGUGGGACAUGAUUUCAUUAAAUUGCUGAACGAUUAUAAGGGGAAGCUUAAAUUUGAUAAUGUUUCUAAAGAAAAUUUCUUUGAAGUCAAAUCCAAUGGGCAAAAGCAUUUAAUAUUUUAUCCAACAUUGUACUCUAUAUCUCAAAGAAUAAAUUUGGCACAAGAGCUAGGAACAGGAAUUUCAAUAUGGGAACUUGGUCAAGGAUUAAAUUACUUUUUUGAUUUGUUUUAA